AUGAAUAUUACUGAUGGAUAUUCAGACAAGUUAUUCAAAUUUCUAUAAAAAUCAAUUAUGUAGAAUUACAUUAAAUCUCUUAAUUUAAUCAAAAACCCACAAUUAUUUAUCAUUUUUCACCAAAUCUAAUCAGAAAACAAAUUAGAUGAAAGAAUUAUUUCUUUGUAUAAAGGAUAAGCAGGAAUCGAAUUAGGAAAUAAUUGUUGGGAACUAUUUGUUUUAGAACAUCGGAUUUAAGUAGAUGGGUAUAGUAUAUAAGUUAAGAAAUUGGGAAUUAUCGAUGAUGCAUUUCAGAAUUUCUUUUCAGAAACUGGAAAUAACAAACACUCCCAAAGAUCUUUAUUUAUUGAUUUAGAUAGGAAUACUAUUGAUGAAUUGAAAAGAAGCCAAUUUAGAGAAUUAUUUAGACCUUAAUAAAUGAUUUUAGGAAAGGAUAGUGCUAUAGACAUUUAUGCAGGAGGCUACUAUGGAGUUGGAAAAAAAUAUUAUAGAUGCCGGAAGAUUGCAUGGGUUUUUAGGGAUUUAUAAUAUUUCAUUCUGUUGGAGGAGGUACUAACUCUGGAUUUGCAUAUUUAUUAUUGGAAGCAAUACGCAAUACACGAAGAAUUUGGUAAGCAAUCAAUCAAUAGCGUUGCUACUUUUCCAUCUCCUUAAAUUGAAUCAUCUAUAAUUGAACCAUACAAUACAUAUUGUGUGAAAGUGCAUUAAAUGAUCAUAACGAUGUCUUUAUCUUAUUAGAUAAUGAGGCCAUCUAUGAUAUUUGCAAUAGGCAUUUGGAGACAGAAAGGUGUUCUUAUACAAAUUUAAAUGGAAUUAUAGCUUAGGAAUGUUCAACUUUAACACUUUCAUUAGGAUUUGAUGGAUAGUUGA